AUGCCAGUUCUGGCCAGGGUCACCAGCAAAUCCCACCACAGGAUUCAGCUUCAAACUGAUGGAGUUUGUGGAGAAGGUCUUUCUUCAUUGUCAAGUGUCCCUGCUAAGCAUCACAGAAGUGAUCACAGAACUCAAUCCUCAGCUACAACCAACCCAUGUAUUUCAUGUAUCAGUACAGGUAUUGUACAAAGUACAAUGGAAGUUUGUAUAAUGGAGCUUGGUGUCCUAUAUGUCCAAGGGAUGAUGGUGUUUUCAUUGAAAGCAUGGAUGGGUGCUUUGGAUUGUGCAGAAAGAAGGACAAAGGGCAUAAUUUAG